AAACAACGACCGUGUAAAUUUCGAGCUUUCAAGCACCUAAUACUCUGGCUCAUAAACGUUUACACACGUAAUAGGUACCUACAUGAGCACUACACAACAGAAUGAAAAAAUUCUACAUACUAUACACACACAUGCAGCAACAACUCAGCAACUAGUAGCAACUUUAAUAAUACGAGUAUGUACACGAAACCUAACACAGUGCUCAUAGUCGAGUCAGGUUGACUGUACGUUUUACCUACGUUAUUUACCUUCGGGCUUAUCCGAAUAACCGAGGACGGUGCGUACUGCGUGUACAUAGUACAACACUACAAUAUACAUAUAGUAAAAUGAUAACGCGAGCUUCACAGUGGCAAGUGGUAAACUGGCAAAUGGUAAAUGACAACGUUAACGGUAAAACCGCGAAUAACCCAGCAAUUCGUCGUGUCGCCGGUUUACAGUGAAAACGUGCUUUUCGCCUAUCUCGUUUUUAGGCAGCCUAUUGAAAUUACCACAGCCACGAGCCACUGUGAUCAGACAGCCCUCGAAAUGCAGCAUUAUUUAAUCGCUUAAUCACAUCGUCGUUCGCGUCAGUCGACUAUCGUUCAUUCAUCCGCUGAUCCGCAUUCGUAUCCAUCGGUCAGCCGUACCGGGUCCCUCCAAAAUUGCGUGAAAAAAACCCCAACGCGAAAAUGAACCAGUUCGCGACGUACUUUCUAUUAUUCUGGGCGCACGUCUACCUAGUUGUGGAACCGGUUCAAGGUACGUUUCGUCUUCAGAUAUUGCACAAUAACGAUUUGCAUGCCAGAUUCGUCGAGACAGACGUGUACACGGCGAGAUGUCCGGACGAGUACGUCAAGCAGAAUAAAUGCUACGGAGGAUUCGCUCGUAUGAAAAAGGCCGCCGACGAUGCCCGACAAGAGGCCAAAGCUCAGGGAAUACCCAGCAUCUUUAUCAAUGCCGGCGACACAUUCCAGGGUACUCCGUACUACACGCUUUACAAAUGGCAAGUUGUUUCCGAACUGAUCGAUAAACUUGGACUCGACGUUAUGUCAUUGGGCAAUCACGAAUUCGAUGACGGAAUUGACAACCUAGUCGAGUACCUGAAACAUAUAACAACACCUGUUGUUUGCUGUAAUUUGAACAUAACCAGCGAAAAACGAUUAGAUUUGCCUAACUUGAGACCGUCAGAGGUUCUAACAGUAGAAGGAAGAAAAAUCGGAGUUAUCGGAUACUUGACAACCGAGACAAAAGAUAUUGCGAAUACGGAAAACCUGGAGAUAUUCGAAGAAAUACCAUACAUUCGACGCGAAGCACAGCGAUUGAAGUCCGAAGGUAUCAAAAUCAUCAUCGCAUUGGGACAUUCGGGAUUCGAAUACGAUAAGAAAAUAGCAGCCGAGGUAGAAGAGGUCAGUGUGGUUGUUGGUGGUCAUUCUCAUUCAUUUUUGUACUCGCCAAAGGAUGCAAAACCUAGCGUUGAAUUGGUCACAUCAGAGUAUCCGACAAUGGUGUCCCAAAAAUCGGGCAAACAAGUUCCAGUUGUGCAGGCGUACGCGUAUAGUAAAUAUUUAGGCAGACUGAUGGUAGACUUCGAUGACGAAGGUAACGUCCUCAGCGCUACCGGAAAUCCGCAGAUACUCAAUUCAACUAUCAAGAAAGAUCCGGAUCUCGACACCGAAAUCGCCAAAUGGACCAACUUGGUCAACGAACGAGUCCACAUCGUCAAAGGCUACACGCGUACGUUCUUGGGGAAGUCAGUUUUUUCUGAGGGAAGAUUUGAAUCCACCUUGGCUAACUUGAUUACCGAUUCCUUUAUUGAUUUUGAAGUACAACUGGCGAAAGAACGUAAAGAAAAAACAUGGACCAAAACACCCAUAGCUUUCUAUCAAAACGGAGGAAUUCGCUCUGUCAUCGAUAAUAAAAAGAAUGAAGGCACUCUAACCAUUGAAGACUUGAUGACGGUAAUGCCGUUCGAAAACAAAUUGGUCGAAAUGAAAUUACGAGGCAGUAGUAUUAGAAAAGCUUUGGAAUUCGGAGUAUCCACGUACAGCCCAGACCAAACCUCAUAUCAUGCGAGUUAUUUCCUUCAUUUUUCAGGACUCAGAGUAGAAUAUGACUUAACGAAACCAUCCGGUCAACGAGUCGCAUCCGUGACUGCUUUAUGCAGAUAUUGCGAUAUACCAGAAUACAAACCUCUUCAAAAUGACGAAUUAUACGACGUCGUAACGGUGACGUUUUUGGCCGAAGGAGGAGAUAAAUUCAAUAUGUUCAAAACCGAAUCCAUCAAUAAAACAAUACUCAGUUUCACGGAUAUAGAUCCACUCAUGGCCUACGUGGAGAAGAAUCGAGUAGUGUAUCCUCAUUUGGACAAUCGACUGAAAGUCACCGGACUCAAACUGAAAGAUCCUAAUACAACUUCUUCAGCUGCCAUACCAUCAGCCCACCUGUUACUAUCAUUAAUCGCGAUUUUCGUUUCGUUACGAGCGUAUAUUUUAUGAUGUAAAAUACUCGUCAAUUAACUCGCGUAUAUUACUCAAACUAAGUCUAUUUGAAUAAUCGAAUUUGUAAAUUUUGAAAAAUUCAACGAAAUCAUCGAUUGGUUUGAGCUAUACCUACGACUAUAUUGUACAGAAUACGAAUUGCAGCUCAAUUAGGAAUUAUUUUUUAUUCAAUUUCGCCAACUCGAGUUACCUAUUCGAAAUUUGCAAAUCAGCUUUCAUUGUAAAAAAUCCAUUAUCUUACAUUGUAAAUAAUAUCCAGUCACUUGAUACUUGCACCAAACGAAGAAGGGCCCCUUCUCCCACUUCUUCGUUCACUACAUUGUACAGUUUUCGUAACGAACUCUACGUAAAAUUAAGUGAACCACAAAAAAAUGUCGGAGAAUUUUUUCAUUCCGAGUUAAAAAUUACUCAGGAAAAUUUUAGCUUCGAAGGUGCCCCAAGAGGAAAGAUAUGGGUACCCAGAGAGAGGGAAUUUUUGAAAAGAAAUCACGGUUUUUUGCUUUAAUCCCUGCUCAACCUGUUUUUUAAAAAAACAUCUUUAAAAAAUCUUUCAAAUUCUAAAAUUUAAACUCCUCGCAUAAAAAAACGUCGUUUUUAGUUCUUUCAAAAUGCAAAUUUCCAAAAUUUUUUACUCUCGCUUCGCUCGAGCCUGUCCUCUUUUUUUUCAAAAUCAACUUCCUAAAAAAAAUCGUUUUUAGAUCUCUCGAAAUGAAAUUUUCGAAAACUUUCGACCUUGCUUCGUUUGGUCCAAUUGUUGCUUUUUUUUAAAAUCAGAAAAAAAAAUCACAUUUGAGCCCACAAAAAUCCAAAACAGAAAAUGCAAAAUUGGAAUCUUUUCCGUAUAUUGAUCCCCUCCUCUUCCUCCCUCCCACCCCCAAAAAAACUCUAUGUACUUUCGUCCCCAUAAAAUGGUGGCAAAUUUUGGCUCUAUCGACGAGCUUUUGGGAUAGAGCGAAAAAAUCCACCAUUUUUUCCAAGAUGUCCCUCUUUUUGAGAAACCAUAUCUCCCCUCCUUAGACACUUCCGAAGUUGAAAAAAAUUUCCGAGUACCUUUCAACUUAAAAUGAAGGUUUUCAUUGAUUUUGGUCGAAAUCCUGCAGCAUUUCCUUAAACAAUGAUGCUCCAAGGGGAGAGAUCAAGAUGAAGGAAAGUUAAAUUACAUUAUCAGGAAUUUUAGAACAUCGAUUAGCUUUAAUGUUAUUUUCUUAAGCUGCUUUUACAAACCUCGCUUGAAAAAUUAUUGAUAAGAACCAAACAUAUGUUUCUAGAUCUACCAAUGUUGAAUAUUAUGAACGCCAUGUCGAGAACUAGUUACCAUAAAUACUUUUACGUUGUUGGUGUUAGUUCCAUUAAUGAACUAACGCAAAUAUUCGAAUAUUCAUUUUUUUUCAAUACAUAAUCGUGAAUGAUUUUAGUCCGGCAUAUGACAAUAGGAGUUGUUGCACCCCCCACCCCCCGCCGAUCUACCGGUACAACUUUUUUCUUAAAGAGGACAUCCUAAGGAACAUUUAAACGCAAACUUGCCCGAAAAAAGUUGGACUUACUAACAAAAUGGCGGCCAUUUUGAUUGACAGGUCAGCCGAAAUCGCAGAUUUUGCGUUCCAACAUAGAACUUGCACGAAAUUUUUCAAACCUUACAAAAAUAUAUCGAAAGAUCAUGCUAAAAUUUAUCACCUUUCAAAAUUUCAAGUGCUAAAGUGCGUUUUUCGAUUUUUGGUGAAUUAUUGAAAAUCCAAUUUAGGCCAAAAAUGAGGGAAAAAAUCAAAAUUUCACCAAAUUGACCAAGAAAGCUGAAAUUUGCGAUAUACCCUAUUUUCGACAUGCCAAAUCAAUUGGAAACGGUUUCAACCCGUUUUGAGCAGUUCUGGAGCCUCCAGCAGAUUUUUGAAACUCGAAAUUCCCACAAAGUAUCAUUAAAUGGAGUUGGAAAGCCGAAAUUCAUUCUGCAAACUAACUUCAAUUUGCUACGAAGUUGACUGCUGGUGAAUUUCAAGUCGUUUUGGGAGCCUCCAGCGACUUUUUUAAAAGUUCCUGAAGCCUCCAGCAGAUUUUUGAAACUUGAAAUUUCCCCAAAAUUUCAUCAAACUGAGGUGGAGAGUCAAACUUCAUUCUGAAAACUAAUUUCAAUACGCUACGAAGUUGACUACUGGUGGAUUUCAAGUCGUUUUGGAGCCUCCAGCGACUUUUUGAAAAAUUUUAUGACGUUUUUUUGGAAAAUUGAAAUUUCCUAAAAGUAGCUGGAAGCUUCAAAACCAUUUGAAACCUCCAUGUAGUCUGCGUAGUAAAUUUCAGCUUGCCAACUCCAUUUGAUACAUUACUGUUGCAGGAAUUUCAAGUUUCAAAAAUCUACUGGAGGCUCCGGUAAUUUUCAAAAAAGUCGCUGGAGGCUCUAAAAUGACUUGAACCCAUCUGAAGUCGUCUUCAGAGGGUGUUAAAAUUGGAGUGUAGAGUAAAUUUCAGCUUUCAAUCUCCAUUUGAUGAAAUUUUGUGAAAAUUUAAAGUUUCAAAAAACUGCUGGAGGCUUCAGGAAUUCUCAAAAAGUCGCUGGAGGCUCCAAAACGACUUGAAAUCCACCAGCAGUCAAUUUCGUAGCGUAUUGAAAUUAGUUUGCAGCAUGAAUUUCGGCUUUCCAACUCCCUUUGAUGAUAUUUUUGGGAAUUUCGAGUUUUAAAAAUCUGCUGGAGGCUCCAGUAAUUUUCAAAAAAGUCGCUGGAGGCUCUAAAAUGACUUGAAAUUUACCUGCAGUACUUCGUAGCGUAUUGAAAUUAGUUUUUAGAAUAAAUGUCAGCUUUACAACUCCAAUUUGAUGGAAUUUUGUGGGAAUUUCGAGUUUCAAAAAUCUGCUGGAGGCUCCAGAACUGCUCAAAACGGGUUGAAACCGUUUCCAAUUGAUUUGGCAUGUCGAAAAUAGGGUAUAUCCCAAAUUUCAGCUUUCUUGGUCAAUUUGGUGAAAUUUUGAUUUUUUCCCUCAUUUUUGGCCUAAAUUGGAUUUUUAAUAAUUCACCAAAAAUCGAAAAACGCACUUUAGCACUUGAAAUUUUGACAGGUGAUAAAUUUUUGCAUGAUCUUUCGAUGUACCUUCGUAAAGUUUGAAAAAUUUCGUGCAGGUCCCAUGUUGAAACGCAAAAUCUGCAAUUUCGGCUGACCUGUCAAUCAAAAUGGCCGCCAUUUUGUAAGUCAGACCAACUUUUUUUUGGGCAAGUUUGCUUUAAAAUGUUCCUUAGGAUGUCCCUUGUAAGAAAAAGGUUAUCCCGGAUGAUUGGCGGGGAGGGGGUGCGAUUACUCCUAUUGUCAUAUGCCGAACUAUUUCAUUCAUUCGAAUGAAUCCGCACAUGUGACUCUAUAAUUUGAACUCAACUUGCAGACACCCUACACCUGGACCUCAAACAAAUCGUGGUCCAAAUUUAACAGAAUAAAUUUGGGUCUGACACUUGCCAAAAUGAGAGAGGGGGGGAGGGUUCAAAAUUGCAUUACCCAAACCGGAUUUUCUUCUAUUCGACUUAUCUCCGAAUUGAAAAUAUAAGAUCGAUUUAUGUAUCUUGAAAAUUACCUACAAUACACGUUUUCUCAGCAGGAAAAUUGCGAGACUAUAGACCACUCUGGUGUAAUAUAAAUCAACGUAUCGUGGGUAUCAUAAUUCUCGAGUUAGCAUUUUUCUUGCUCGCUCAACUUUUGAUUAGAGUGUUUAGAAUUAUUCAUGGUACGAAUAAAGGAACACUAGGCUAUUUUAUUCGCAGUACAUAUUAUACCUAUACGUACGAGUAUGCAGGAUUGUAGGUACCUAUACUGUUAUGUGUAAAUAUAUUUAGAUGUACAUUGUACAUAGAAACACAGGUAGGUAUUCAUCACAAAAAUGUAAAUACAUAUUUCAUCCGAUAUUGUCGCGUGUACAUAAUAAAUUAUGUAACUACA